AGACAGAGUAAGGAAUUCCACCAUGGAGAAGUUUAACUUGACAGUGCGGGUAAACACCAGCUCGGACGAAAACAUACCCCGAAGGCUCACCUUCUCAAUGUUCAGUGUUCUUAUCCUGACGUUGAUAGUUAUACUGAUAAUCGCGACUUUUUUGUGGAACCUGUUGGUACUCGUGACGAUAUUGAGGGUAAAGACGUUCCACAGAGUGCCCCACAAUUUGGUUGCAUCAAUGGCAGUAUCCGAUGUGAUGGUGGCGGCUCUUGUGAUGCCCCUGAGCCUUGUCAACGAGCUGUCGGAGAGAAGAUGGCGUUUCGGAAGAGUCCUUUGCGACGUCUGGAUCUCGUUCGACGUCCUGUGCUGCACCGCUAGCAUCUGGAAUGUCACUGCCAUCGCCCUGGACCGAUACUGGUCUAUUACGCGCCACUUGGAGUACACUCUAAAAGCAAGGAAGAAAAUAUCAACCAUCAUGAUAGCCAUGACAUGGGCUCUGUCCGCAGUGAUAUCUAUAUCGCCACAGUUCGGAUGGGGAGAAACUUACGCUGCGGACGAGGAGAACUGCCAAGUCAGUCAGGAGCCGUCAUACACUGUUUUCUCCACUUUUGGGGCGUUUUACGUGCCCCUGUCUGUCGUUCUCUUUGUAUACUGGAAAAUUUACAAAGCCGCGAAACUUAGAAUUGGCAGUCUAAAGAGGAACGAGGUUAUCCCCAUGCCAGGAGUUGUACAGGUGAAGGAGGCUGCCCACGUUCCCCAGGUGGCCUUUGCGGCCCGGCAUGCGGGCGUGGCCUUUCAGACGGACGGUGAGACGUGGCGCGAGCAGAAGGAGCGGCGGGCCGCGCUGACGGUGGGCCUCCUCAUCGGCGUCUUCGUCCUCUGCUGGAUCCCCUUCUUUGUGACCGAGCUGCUGGGCCCCCUCUGCUCAUGCAACGUGGUGCCCCCCCUCUGCAAGAGCGUCUUCCUCUGGCUGGGCUACUCCAACUCUUUCUUCAACCCUCUCAUCUACACCGCCUUCAACAAGAGCUACAACAGCGCCUUCCGGAGCCUCUUCACCAAGCAGAGGUGAGGGGGCGAGCGGGCAUGGCCUCAAAAGAACUUGCCAAAGGACAACGUUAAUGCUUGCACACACACACUCUUUCCAAAUUAUUAUUAUUAAUAACGCGGAGGAACCCUUGGAAUUUAAAUCUUACCAUCAGAAUUGCAGUCAGAGGCUGGAUAAAUUGGUACACAAGGAAACCAGAUUGUAGUUUGAUCAGUAGUACUACAAUCAUAUGCCACUACUUUGCAAGAAAAAUAUUUGUAAAUGAUCAUUCUUAUUGUAGCUGUGAACGGACUAGAUCAUUUCCUAUUUAAUUUAUUUGUAGAUAUAAUCGUAAUUAUUACUCUGAUAUACUUAGCUGUUUAAUUAAUUUAGUAUUAGCUACAGUUCUAUCAGUGUGAAUUUGUAACUUAUUCAUUUCUGAAUUUUGUUUAAUGAGCCAAAUAGAACCAGGCUUUUUGUACAUAAAAGCAAGAGAUCAAGUUACUUGACAGUCAACUUGUCUAAAUUCAAAUCAAGGCAAAAGGGAAACAUUGCAAUUCACACACCGUCACAUCAAAAAAAUAAAAGAAUCUUACAUGCUUGAUGAUAGAGUUGUGAUUGACUAAAACAGUUUCCCAACCCUGUUACUGGAGACCCGCUGAUUUUCAUUAAUACUCAGGACUUAAUUGAUCAACUAAAGCAGUUCAUUACACAGUGCAUCUCACCUGGUUUCUUGGGUCUGAAUUAUUUGCUGAUUUGAAGUUAAAAACAGAAACUAGACACUACGGCUUUCCAGUACCAGGGCUGUUGACCCGGGGACUACAACCAAGAUUCUUAAAUCAUGUGAUACUACUUCAUAAGCAAUUUGGAAAAACCUGUCUUUAAUGUUUUAUGCACAAAUAAAACUGACUGGUUCUGGUGCUCCAAAAACAGUUGCCAGGAAAAUGCAAAGGGGAAUGUAGUUACUGGUUACGAUGUCAUCAUUAUGUGAACUGAAAAAAACAUAGUAGAAGCAUAUUUUCUGGACUUUGUGUGUAGGCGCUGUAUAGUUUGUAACAAACCACAUUUAAAAGAAAUAAAGCCUGACAAAAUAAAAGCGAC